AUGGGCCGUGGAAAGCUGGAGCAUCACACCAAUAGUUCACCUUCAGUCCAGCUUUCCACGGCCCAUGUACGACACGAAAACAACAACCAAAUUUCGGAACAACUAAAAUACCGAUCAAUGCCAAACAUCCCAAUCUUGACGGCAGCACUUGCCGCAAUCCUAAAAACAGAAUACCCUACAGUAAAAAUAGCUCCAAGAACGAUCAAAACAACCAAAACACUCCUACAACCGAUAAAGGAUCCAAUAGUAACACAACAACAACACAACGUCAUCUACAGCAUCCCAUGUAGGAAUUGCGAAAAAGUUUAUAUUGGUAUGACCACAAACCACUUAAAAAAACGAUUAAGUGGACACAAAUCCAAUAUAAAUAAACUCGCAGAAAUCCUACAAACGACACAGCACAUCCAUGCGAAAACCGCACUUAUACAACACAUAGCAGAUCACCAGCACACGUUCGAUCUUGAAGGAACAAAAAUAAUCGAUCGCACCUACCGAAGUUCUGCUUUAUCGAUGCUAGAAAUGUGUCAUAUAAACAACACAUCUAACACCGUUAAUUAUAGAACAGAUGUAGCGGGGCUAAACACAACGUACGCUGGUAUUCUCCAUACCGUGAAAGCUAAUAUCUCACGCAGAGAACGAUCACGAAACAAUACACACAGUCAAGUUGAACAAAGCACGAACGAGUCGACAUAG